ACGCAAUGUUUUGAAAUCCAUUCUUAUUACUGGAGGAAACUGGAAAUUAUUGUACAUUUGUUAUAAUUUUUGUUAUGAUUGUCAUCGCUUUAUAUUGAUCGAGUGUGUUUAAAAAAAAAAAAAACAAUUAAAACAGAAAAGUUUUUGUUAUAAUUUCUUUGAAAUGUCUACUGAAAUGCAACCAGAACCUGAGGGUUGUCCCGGCGUUGGAACUCAAAAUGCUGGUAAAAGUAGCGCUUGUGCUGGUUGCCCUAAUCAAUCAUUAUGUUCGUCUAAUCAAUCUGCAGCAAACGAAGAAAGAGAAAGAGUUAUAGAAAAGAUUAAAAAUAUAAAAAAUAAAUACCUGAUUUUAUCAGGAAAAGGAGGUGUUGGGAAGAGUACUGUCACAACAUUGCUUUCUAAAUUUCUUGCUCAAAAGCAUGAUGAUUUAAAUUUUGGUGUUUUGGACAUUGAUAUAUGUGGUCCAUCUCAACCACGAAUGCUUGGGGUAGAAAAUGAACAAGUACAUAAUUCGGGUUCUGGUUGGUCCCCUGUAAAUAUCGAUGAUAAUUUAUGCUUAAUGUCUAUUGGUUUUUUAUUGUCAAGUCCUGAUGAUGCCAUUAUUUGGAGAGGACCGAAAAAGAAUGGAAUGAUAAGACAGUUCUUAACAGAGGUAGAUUGGGGGAAUUUAGAUUAUCUGAUAUUAGAUACUCCACCAGGAACUUCAGAUGAACAUUUAUCAUCGGUUUCUUAUUUAAAUGAACCGAAAGGAUCUUUGAAAGCCAUUAUUGUAACAACACCUCAAGAAGUAGCUUUACUGGAUGUUAGAAAGCAAAUAAGCUUUUGUAAAAAAUUAAACAUUCCUAUUAUUGGGGUUAUAGAGAACAUGUCACCUUUUAUUUGCGGUCACUGCAACGGUACUUCGAAAAUAUUUGACGAGAGUUCAGGAGGUGCAGAAGUUAUGUGUAAAGAAAUGGAAGUUCCAUUUUUGGGAAAUCUACCAUUAGAAGCAAAAUUAACCCAAUCUUGUGACACUGGUUUUGAUAUGAAUGUUUUGAGUGAACUACUUAGAAAUAGUUUAAACAAAAUUUGUUCACAAAUUGUUUGCUAGCUUUUAAGAUUUACAAAGAGUUUUGCAUAAUUAAUAAAACAGUUUUUUAAAAAAACAUAA